UUGGAGGGUGGGGGGGGGGGGGGCGUGCUCCUGAUAUAAACCAGCGCGUGUAUUUCUCGUGCUUACUAUCCGUCUAUCCACGAAGGGACAGCUUCCAGGCGCUCAGAUCGUAAAGCCAACUGCUGUUUCACCUGCCUCACCUGCAAUAUAGUAACCAUGGACGCAGCAGAGUUCCGGCGCCGGGGAAAGGAGAUGGUGGACUUUGUGGCGGACUACCUGGAGAACAUUGAGCACAGGCGAGUGUACCCAGACGUGGAGCCCGGGUACCUGCGCUCCAUGAUCCCCUCCGAGGCCCCGCUGGAGCCUGAGAGCUACGAGGACGUGCUCAGGGACGUCGACAGGGUCAUUAUGCCCGGGAUAACCCACUGGCAAAGCCCACACUUCCAUGCCUAUUUCCCCAGUGCCUCUUCCUACCCGGCUUUGUUGGCGGACAUGCUCUGUGGUGGCCUAGGGUGCAUUGGAUUCACAUGGGCUGCUAGUCCUGCUUGUACUGAGCUGGAAACAGUGAUGUUGGACUGGCUGGGCAAGAUGCUCCAGCUUCCAGAAGACUUCCUGGCGGGAACAAAGGGUCAGGGGGGAGGAGUCAUUCAGGGUACGGCUAGUGAAGCGACUCUGAUGGCGUUGCUGGCUGCUCGCUGCAAAGCGGUGAAAUGUGUCCACGAGUCCGAUCCUCAACGAUCGGAGGCUGACAUCAUCUCCAAACUGAUCGCGUACACCUCAGAAGAAGCCCACUCUUCAGUGGAGCGAGCCGGCCUGAUUGGCGGAGUGGGGAUAAGGAUGGUGGCCACCGAUGAGCACUUCUCUGUCAGAGCAGAGACUCUGGAGAAGAUGGUGGCCGAGGACAAGGCCGCUGGAUUCAUACCCUUCUUUUUCUGCGCAACUCUUGGCACCACUCCCUCUUGUGCGUUUGAUAAAAUCACUGAGCUCGGGCCUCUAUGUAACGCAGAGAACAUCUGGAUGCACAUUGACGCGGCGUAUGCUGGAAGUUCAUUUAUAUGUCCAGAAUUCAGGCCUUUGUUGGAUGGUGUCGAAUUUGCAGAUUCAUUCAACUUCAACCCCCACAAAUGGCUUUUAGUCAACUUUGACUGUUCUGCGAUGUGGGUCAAGAAACGAACCGACCUGAUAGGGGCGUUCAAACUGGACCCAGUCUACCUCAAGUACGACAACCAGGAGUCAGGGCUGGUUACAGAUUAUAGGCAUUGGGGCAUUCCACUUGGCCGGAGGUUCCGCUCACUGAAGUUAUGGUUUGUGUUCCGCAUGUACGGGCAGAGCGGCCUGCAGGCCUACAUCCGUAAGCAUGUGGAACUGGCCAAAGUGUUCGAGACUAUGGUAAAAAAGGAUAAAAGGUUUGAGAUCUGUGCGGAAGUCGUCUUGGGACUCGUCUGUUUCAGGCUGAAGGGUUCGGAUGAGCUCAACGAGGCCCUGCUGAAGGAGAUGACCCAUCUGGGGCGGAUCCACCUGGUUCCCUGUAAGCUGCGCGGGCGUUUCGUCCUGCGCUUCGCCGUCUGCGGGCGGACCACCGAGCUGCGCCAUGUCCAGGAGGCGUGGACGCACAUCACCGAGCUGUCCAGCGAGCUCCUGCUGAAGCAACAUUCAUAAUCAUAAUCAUAAGAGUAGUGUUAAUGGUGAUGAUCAUAAUGACCCUCUGAGUGGUGAGACGGGGAGGGGGUGGGACCAAACAGGGGACCUUGAAUCCCAAAGGAAAGGAAUGAGGCCUGAAACGGGGACCAAAUUCUGAGACUUUAUUGUUGCAAAUGUUGUUAAAAGUAAGAAAGAUUUAAGAGCUGCAUUUCAGUGUGAUUUGUCUGAUAUGCCAUUGCUGUCUGUCGGCUUGAAGUGUGUGAAAUGCUCUGUGAGAAUAUCUGUGCUGGUGACUGCCUGCUUCUGUAUCGUGAGACUGUAAUCGACCGCUCACGGCUAAUUUCCGACCCAUCUGGAACUCUUUCCCCCCCGAUUGGUUCAAGGAGUCCAUCUUGCCUGUCAAUCACACUGCGUUAUCAUAGCCCUACUAUAGGUGGAUCACGUGUUCUGCAGAUGUUUACUAUUUUUCGCUGUGUAAAGUUAUGCAGUGUAUUCUUGGACGUGGGUACACAAAUACAUAACAUGACUUCCUGAUUUCAGUUCUCCCCUUGCUUCGUCGGGUGCGCGUUCAUGACAAGAACAGGCUUAUGUGUAGUUCCUUACCGUGCGUUAAUUGUAUCGCUGUAAAAGGUUUGAGUGUGUGUGUGUGUGUGUGUGUGUGUGUGUGUGUGUGUGUGUGUGUGUGUGUGUGUGUGUGUGUGUGUGUGUGUGUGUGUGUGUGUGUGUGUGUGUGUCUUUCUCUCUUUCUGUCUGUGUGUGUGCGUGUCUCUCUGUCUGUUGUUUGAUGGGGUGUAUUCAAAUGCUUCCUAACCAUGCGUCUUUCAUUGAAUGUAGCUACAAACUACAACACGCUGCUUCAAGGGAAUUUCACACAAUGUGGUAAAAGUUUGUCCAUAUGCAGGCAAGUGAAGAUCCAUUAAUUGUACCUUCAAGCUUUUUGCAGGCGAGACAUACAUUUAAAUAAGAAUUGAAAUGACUCAAGUAAUGAAUCUGAACGAAACCCCAAUUAUCCAUGAUGUAAUAGGCAGACUUUACCAAUGAGGGGCACAUUGCUGAUGCAGAAGUCUUCUGUCACACAAGAUAUAUUAUCUUAUUAUUUAUAUUAGGUCUAGCUGUUAGGCCUAAAUUGAUUAACAUUGAUUUAAAUGUUUGUCUUUCAUCCUAUCUUUCAAGAGAACAAACAGAAACAUCAAAUAGAUGGAUCAUCUUAGCCUGGACUUCUGAGAAAUGCAAUCUGAAUGUGAUGUUUUGUCGGAUGAACUAGAUUAAAAAAAGCGUAGGUAAAGGUAAUCUGAGGUGGGCGAUAUUAAAUGUUCAAUCGCCCAUACCACACCCUUUAAUCGCUUAUUCUUUUACCAUGACUGAAUUUAAGAGUCUGAUAGAUAAUGGUCGACACUGUGAAAUCAAAGAAAAAAAACAAAAAACUUAAGUAUGGGUAAAUGUAAAACCUCCUUCACUCCUUCACGAGUCUAUAAUGUGUGACCCUUAUGAGCAAAUUUCAAAAGCCUUACAAAUAAGCUUAAAUAUAUACCAAAGAAAGCUUGUACUUAUCCAUCUUGGAAUUUGAAUAAAACCUUGGGUUGAGGAUAUAUUAGUAGUGCCAGUGUAUCUUAAUCUAGUGAUCCCUUAGUUUCUGAAACGGUAGCCCUGAUAAGCCGUAACCCUAUAGAUGAACACUGUUCUUGAGGAUGACACUAGCUUGUUGAAGCUGUACUACAAUUAUGUAUAGUGCUCGUUUAAGCUGUACUAUCAUUAUGUUUAGUGACCAUAAUGGUAAUUGGGCGCUUGUUGGACCCUGGUACUGUUAAAUAAUUAACUUGAACUCGAUAAACUAAAUUGCUAUGUGCUGGACAGAGCGACCGCUCUGGUAUGGUGUGGUUAGCUAAUCCAUUUGUGUGUGUCUUGGUGUGUUUCCACUGUGCAGAACUAUGAAUUAAAAUGACACUGCCAUGA